AUUUCCUUCUUCUUCCUCCAAUCCAAACCUCACCCUCUCAAUUUCCACGGCGCCAUUUCACGGUGGCGCUUCACCUUCCUCCGUCGUCUUCUCUCCUAAAAAUCCAACCUUUACAAAAUUCAGACAAAAAGAGAAUGACUUUAAUCGCUUCUUUGUCUCUCCCACCACCAGCUAUACAAAGACAAUCACUUUCUAAAUCUCAGUGCUUCAAUUGUCAAUUACGGUCUUCUAGUUUACCUCUCUCUUCUCUCCAUUCUUCAUCGCUUAGUAAAUUUCUAGAUUUUAGACCACGGCGGAGAAACGGCGGCGGAUUAGUACCAGUGGUGGCGUGUUCAACGACGCCGUUUAUGGGUAGAGUUGGAUUACAUUGGAGAGAUGGGAACAUGUCUCUGUUAUCGUUUUGUGGUGGAACUGAUGUUACGGAGAAAGCUGAUUCGUCUCAGUUUUGGUCUGCUUUGCUUCCUUUUGUUGUUGCUCUCACUGCUGUUGCUGCUCUCUGUUACCCACCUAGUUUCACUUGGGUAUCUAAAGAACUCUAUGCUCCUGCUCUUGGAGGGAUUAUGUUAUCUAUUGGAAUUCAGCUUUCGAUUGACGAUUUUGCUCUUGCAUUCAAAAGACCAGUGCCGUUAUCUGUUGGGUUUGUUGCUCAGUACGUUUUGAAACCGCUUCUCGGGGUUUUAGUUGCUAAUGCCUUUGGGAUGCCGAGGACCUUCUACGCUGGUUUUGUACUCACGUGUUGUGUGGCGGGGGCUCAGUUGUCUAGUUACGCGAGUUCUCUGAGUAAAGCAGAUGUGGCUAUGAGCAUUCUUCUCACUAGUUCUACAACUAUUGCCUCUGUAAUCUUUACGCCUUUGCUAAGUGGUCUUCUAAUUGGAUCGGUAGUUCCUGUUGAUGCAGUUGCCAUGUCGAAGUCCAUACUUCAGGUGGUACUUGUUCCAGUCACUCUUGGCCUUGUGUUAAAUACUUAUGCGAAGCCUGUGGUCACUCUUCUUCAACCCGUGAUGCCGUUUGUUGCUAUGGUAUGCACUUCAUUGUGCAUUGGAAGCCCACUUUCGAUAAACCGCAGUCAGAUUCUGUCAGCUGAAGGUCUUGGAUUGAUUGUUCCAAUUGUUACAUUCCAUGCAGUAGCAUUUGUCUUGGGAUAUUGGUUCUCUAAGAUCCCAGGCUUACGGCAAGAGGAAGAAGUAAGCCGGACUAUCUCCCUUUGCACGGGAAUGCAGAGCUCCACAUUAGCGGGGCUUCUUGCAAGCCAGUUCCUAGGUAGCAGCCAAGCCGUGCCAGCAGCUUGCUCUGUGGUUGUAAUGGCCAUAAUGGGUCUAUGCCUUGCCUCUUUCUGGGGAAAUGGGUUUCGAAUCAGAGACGUUCUGUCGCUAUCAACACCGCAAAGCAGUGGCUACACCACUGAAUCAUGAGCAAUAUUCAGUCGCAACAAACCUGUAAAGCAAGGGAACCUUGGGACAUUGAUGGAAAACACUUUCCGGUUUUUGAUUUGUUGUACAAACAGCAUUUGGGAAGCAAAGAUAAGGUUUAGAGGGGAUGGUAUAGGUAGUGUAGACAAAAUGGUGUUCAUCAAUCAUCUUGUAUGUAAUCAGCUAAUUCAUGGUAUAAAAGUUGAUCUUUUGU